CAUCCCCUUCCCCCAACACCCCUCCAAAUCGUGAAUCACUAUCUGAACUCCGAAGCAAAGGUCAAAAUCACCCAACCAAACCCCUAGGUUCUCCCUGCAACGGUUCUGCCGCAGUGCCGCCGCCGUCCGUGCUGUCGGCGCCUCCGCGUCUUCUCUUGUAGCUCGGCGUCGUCCUUCCCCCUGUCCCCGUCCUCCCUGGCUUCUCUCAAACUUGGAGCAGUUUGCCGCCGUGUUGCCGCUCGCCGUCGUCUCGCCGGUUGCCGUCCGUGUCUCCGUCAAAGAACUGAGAAGGAAAAUGGCAAUCUGAACCAGCAAACGGAUUUCCGCAGCGUCAGCGCGUGCUCACACUCGCAGGAACAAGAAAACUAACUCUCUUUCUGCCCUCUGAACCUUGAUAAUGAAUGUGGAUGGUGAAUUGCCGAAUAUAAAGAGGUGGAUUGUGUUGUACCCUGUUUACAUGAAUUCGAAGAAGACGAUGGCAGAAGGAAGACGAAUUGGACUCAGCAAAGCUUGCGAGAAUCCCACAUGUGCUGAAAUUGGCGAUUGCUGCAACUAUCUGAAACUCCCUUUUGCAAUUGAGAUUGACAAGGCUUACCCGCGUGAUUUCAUGCAAAGAGGGAGAGUGAAGGUGUUGUUGAAGAAGGAAGAUGGCAAUCUUUUUAAUCCCAAUAUCUCAUCCAGAAAGCAGCUAAUGCUUCGUGUUGCAGACAUGGUACCCAAACAUCAUGGAAGGACAAAGAAGCAGGAGGCGGCUGUGUCAACAUCAAAUGCAGGAGCUUCCAACAAAUCUGGGAAAGAUACGUGGUCUACAAAGGGGACAAUGUGUCGGAUUUUAGUCAGUUCAAGCGGCUUUGAAGAGUCUAACAAACCGUGUUGGUCCUAUAACAGUAUGUACAUCACAAGAGUUCCAUUAGUGGCAACUUUUUAUUUUUGGUCAUAUUAGUGGGAGUUUUUGGACAUGGGCUUUUGAAGAGGAAUUUGAAUUUCAUUGUUCUUAUAAUGUUUAUUUUACCGAAUUUUGUAAACUGCCAAAAGCCCAAAACCUUGUUAUGAAAUAUGGGUUAGGUGUUGACAAAUGUUAAUGGUGUCUGGAACUUUGUAAUGGACUAAUGGUUAUACAAGGGUGAGUGAAGGGAGAAAAUU